AUGGAAGGGAUCGUUCAUCGGACGGUCGAGAUCAACGGCAUCGCCAUGCACGUCGCCGAGAAGGGCGGCAACGAUGCGGCGGCGGCGGCGGCAGUGCUGCUCCUGCAUGGCUUUCCGGAGCUCUGGUACUCGUGGCGGCACCAGAUCGUCGGCCUCGCCGCCCGCGGGUAUCGGGCCGUCGCCCCCGACCUCCGUGGAUACGGCUGCUCCGCCGCUCCGCCCUCGAUCAGCUCCUACUCGGUCUUCCACGCGGUCGGCGACCUCCUCGGCCUCCUCGACGCCCUCGGCCUUCCCCAGGUGUUUGUGGUGGGCCAUGGAUGGGGAGCUUUGGUUGCGUGGAACAUGUGCAUGUUUAGGCCGGAGAGGGUGAAGGCGUUGGUGAACAUGAGCGUGGCGUUUAGUCCACGGGACCCCGCCGUGAACCCGGUCCAGCAUUUCAGAAACCUGUACGGAGAUAGCUACUACAUCUGCCGAUUCCAGGAACCUGGAAAAGCUGAAGCCGAAUUCGCGGCCAUCGGCACCAGGAACAUCCUCAAGAGGCUGUUCAUGACUCCCAAGCCUUCUUCUCUAUCCGAAGAAGGGUUCGGUUCGACCGAUAACGAGAUUUCGUUACCUUCUUGGCUCUCAGAAGACGACUUCGACUACUACGCGAGCAAGUUCGAGGAGACCGGCUUUACGGGGGGUUUGAACUACUAUCGCUGCUUGAACCUGAACUGGGAACUCACAGCCCCAUGGACUGGGGCAAAAAUACAAGUGCCAACCAAGUUCAUUGUUGGAGACCUUGAUCCAACAUACCACUACCCAGGCAUACAAGAUUACCUACACAAUGGUGGGUUCAAAAGUGAUGUUCCCUCACUUGAGGAAGUAGUUGUUCUGGAGGGAGUUGGGCACUUCAUCCAGCAGGAGAGGGCACAACAAGUUACUGAUCAUAUCCAUAACUUCAUCCAGAAGUUCCUGAGCUAA